CAAAUUCACAUUAUAUGUACAAUUCUUGUGAUUUGUUGGUUGAAGACAAUUGGAGAGUUCCAAAAUAUGCAAAGAGACCCAUGAUAAUUAGCCUUGUAAAGGGUCCACAAUAUAUACAUAUAUAUAACGAAUUGAAAUCGAUAUCAAACGAGCAUAUUAAAUAAAGGGAUGGAGUUAAACAUCAUAAUCUCUAAUUAUCUAGAAUCUCUCCGCUGAAAUUUCAGCCUCGUAUUAAAGAUUCACGUGUACACCUACCCAAGCCAAGCACUUGAACUUUCCAAAUGUAAUCUGCAUUCUGUGACUUCAGUUUGCCAUUCUUCACAUUGGAAGAAACAUAUUGAAUGAAGAACCCGCUAAAGGAAAGGGUCCAGAAGUGGGGACGUUGGAUUCAAUGGGAGUUGUACAUUGCUGACCCCAUAAGCUUUUGUUUAGAUAUUUCGACAUUAAUGUCUUGCUCUUAUAUUUGCAGGUAUUCUUUAAGCAGCUCCUCCAUGAAGACUCAAACUGAAGGCACAGCAACGAAGGCGAAGCAGACUAGAGAGGAAGCGAUGGAUUUUAACUCGAGUUGCAAGAACAAGAAAACAGUAAAUCAGUCCAUGCUGCUAUGUUGCAAGCUCUACAUAUCAGAAUCACGUAAUCACACAGCUCUUGAGUCGAUUGAAAGCGCUGCUAGGCUCGACCCAGAAACUGUGAUAGUGAACAAAUUUGAGGACAGAGCCUAUAAUAGGAUAAGGUACACUCUUGUGUCAUAUGUUGUUCUUGAUAGCACAGGAAGUGCUAUUUACAGCCCAUUGCAGCAAACUGUGCUGGCCAUGAUUGAGGCAGCUUAUGGAGCCAUAAACCUCGAGUCCCACUGUGGGGCACACCCUCGGCUUGGUGUUGUGGAUGACAUUGUUUUCCAUCCCUUGGCUCAAGCUUCCCUGGAUGAAGCAGCUUGGCUUGCUAAAGCUGUGGCAGCUGAUAUUGGCAGCAGAUUUCAAGUGCCAGUAUUUCUUUAUGCAGCAGCACACCCAACAGGAAAGGCCCUGGACACCAUCAGGCGUGAGCUGGGUUACUACAGGCCCAAUUUCAUGGGGAACCAAUGGGCAGGAUGGAACAUGCCUGAAAUUCUCCCAGAAAUGCCCAAUGAAGGCCCGCAGCAUGUGUCUCGGGCCAGAGGCAUCACAAUGAUCGGAGCACGCCCCUGGGUAGGAUUGUACAAUGUGCCCAUCCUGUCCACUGAUGUCUCUGCUGCUCGACGGAUUGCGAGGUUGGUGAGUGCUCGUGGUGGUGGGCUCCCUACAGUGCAAACAUUGGGCUUAGUUCAUGGUGAGGAUUCCACUGAGAUAGCUUGCAUGCUCUUAGAACCCAAUCAGAUUGGAGCAGACAGGGUCCAGUCCAGGGUUGAGAUGCUAGCAGCUGAAGAAGGGUUGGAUGUAGAGAAGGGAUACUUCACUGAUUUUUCACCUGAAAUGAUUGUUGAAAAGUACAUGAAUCUGAUCUCUGCUAACAGAGACUGAUCGAAGAUUUGUUUGGACAUUUAACUGCAUCUUUAAAUCUGUAAAGUUUUAGCUGACAUUUGGCCAUUGCUUAGGCUUAAACUUGCCUGGUUUGGUUGCAAAACUUCCAAGCUUUGGAUGAUUGAAAGAAAA